CACAUUCACCUUUUUUUUUUUCAACCAACUCCUCUCCCCACUUCACUAACCUUCUUUCUUUGAUUCCUUUUCUCACUUUUCUAUAUAUAUCUUCACCUGCCAUAGAUUGCCAUCACUCAUCAAACUCACCAUCAUUAUCAACUGCCACUCCAAACUUUGCAUACACAUCAAUUGAAGACCCACAAAUUCAUAAGUCGAAAAACAUGUUACAAUAUGUGGAACUCCCUGAUUGUUUCUAUCCUACACCACCAGUAACAAUCCCCCCAAGUGCUCCAACGCCAAAACAAUCUCUCUAUCUCUCUAACCUUGACGACCAAAAGUUCCUCAGAUUCUCCAUCAAGUACUUGUUCCUCUUCAAGAAAUCGGUGAGCUUCGACACGUUGAAGUCCUCUCUGGCUAGAGUUCUGGUGGAUUACUACCCUUUGGCUGGUAGGUUGAGAACCAGCAUUGAGGAAGAUCACAACAAGCUUGAGGUGGAUUGUAAUGGAGAAGGUGCAGUUUUUGCUGAGGCUUUCAUGGAUGCAAGUGCUGAAGAGUUACUUGAAUCUUCCAAGUUGCCAAACAAGUCAUGGAGAAAGCUCUUGUACAGGGUGGAAGCUCAGAGUUUCUUAGAUGUUCCUCCACUUGUAAUCCAGGUGACAAGUCUCCGCUGCGGGGGAAUGAUCCUAUGCACCGCAAUCAACCACUGCCUAUGCGAUGGCAUCGGCACGUCACAAUUUCUCCACGCCUGGGCCCACCUAACCACAAAUCCCACCACCAACUUAACCAUCACACCCUUCCACUGGCGCCACGUGUUAAGAUCUCAAAACCCGGCACAGGUAAAACUCCCUCACCCGAGUUACACCAGAACAAAGCUCACACCUCAAGUGGACCUCUUCACGUGGAUGCAAACCCAAUCACUAGUCGCCACGUCAUUCACCUUCGGCCCCACCGAGGUCCUCCGGUUAAAGAAACAUUCCCGCGUGCCGCGCAACACCACAACUUUCGAAGCAGUCGCAGCGCACACGUGGCGCUCGUGGGUCCGAUCACUGAACCUGGGUCCCACAGUAACAGUCAAGCUUCUUUUCUCGGUCAACGUUAGAAAGAAGUUGAAUCUCCCAGAAGGGUUUUAUGGGAAUGGUUUUGUGCUCGCAUGUGCUGAGUCUUCGGUGUGGGACUUGGUGAGUUCUGAUGAUAAUUUUCACCAUGUUGUAAAACUAGUGCAACAAGCGAAGGGUGAUUUGAGUGAAGAGUGUGUGAGGUCGAUGAUUGAUUUGUUGGAGGAUAAAAAGGUGAGGACUGAUCUUUCAACUAGCUUGGUGAUUUCUCAGUGGUCGAGGUUGGGGUUGGAGGAUGUGGAUUUUGGAGAAGGGAAGCCAGUGCAUAUGGGUCCUCUAACGAGUGAUGUUUACUGCUUGUUUUUGCCGGUGGUUGGAGAUGCUAAGGCGGUGAGGGUGCUCGUGUCGGUGCCGGAGAGUGUGGUGGAAAGGUUUCAAGGUUACAUGAUGAUAAAUGAGAGUUGGGAGAAAGAUCAUGGAGAUGGUGAUGUUAACAACACAAAUAAUAUUAAUGGGGUAGCAUGCGUGAUGAGGAAAUGAUUGUGGAUAUCAAUCUGGAUUGUGUAAUGUUAUACUAUGUAUCUAUCAAGUUGCAUUCAGGAAAGUCUUGAGAAUAAUGAUAAGGGGGAGAAUUAUAUGUUUGUAUGAAUUUGAGUGCAUGUAGGCGGGACAAAAAUGAUGAGUGGACAACCGUUGGGGGUGGAUAUGCAAUGAUAGAAAGUAAAUGGUUUCAUAUGA